AUGAUGAUGGCUGGCCGUGUGCUGCUGGUGUGUGCCCUCUGCGUGCUGUGGUGCGGUGCUGCGGUGGUGGUGUCGUCUGCCGGUGAUGUUGUCGAUGGCGGAGUAAAGGUGGGUCCAUUGGGGGAUUCACAGUCUGGUUCUAGAGACGAAAAAGCAGCAAAACCGGAAUUAUCGAGGUCAGUCGAUGAAAAAUUAGGGUCCGCGGGUCACUUGCUGGAUACACGAUCAGGAACUAACGUCAGUGAGCAAGGGAACUUGGUCAAAGAACCACCAGCAGGGAAUGUUGGGAAGGAAGGAGUACAAGAAGAAGGUAAAGAAUUACCGGUAACACACACAUCUCGAACAAAGGAUAAAGUAACAGUACCACAAUCACUACCAUCACCACCAGCAGAAGAUCCACCAGCAAAAUCACCAUCACAAGCAUCAAUGCAAGGAUCACCGACAACGCCAGGACAACCACAAGAAAACUCACAAAAAUCAACAGGGCAGCCACCAACGCUACAAGCACAACCACCAUCAUCACCAGCAGCGUCCGCUGAAGGUGAAGCCGAUGGCGAUCCCGUUGGUGCUAGUGACACUUCUCGUGUUACUGGUGAUAAAAAUAAAGAUUCUAAAGGAAGUGGAGGUCCCAUUUCCGGGCCACCUUCCGGUGAUGCUUCUUCAUCUCCCAUUUCCAACGAUGGAGAUGCUUCACGGAAUAAUGGCGGUGCACCAUCCACCCAGGACACGACAUCUCUAAAAAACAAUGAGCAGUCAGGGCCAACAACAUCUUCAGGGAGCGCACCACUCAACAGGGAGACACCGGAGAGGUCAACACCCGAUGCAAAACAGCACUCUUCGGAAACACAAGAAAAUGAAACAAGUCGACUUCCUGAUGGGGAUGCAGCUCACAGCGCCGCGGGGCAGAGUGCCAUGGGGACGAAAGGCUCUUCCGGCGUAUCGACUACCGCCAGCAACGCACCAACAACACCUCAACCACAACGGCCAGCACCACCAGUACCACCAACGGCGACAGUAACGGGAGCACCGGCAGAAAAACCAACUGCAGAACGAUUACCACCACCGGGAGAUUCAACACCAGGAGAAGGCCUAGCAGCAACAACAAAAGCUCAAGCGAAUGAUACGGUGACACCUGGCGACAGUGACGGCAGCACCUCGGUCUCCCACACCACCUCCCCUCUUUUGCUUCUUCUUCUUGUUGCGUGUGCGGCUGCGGCUGCGGUGGUGGCCGCGUGA